AGAAAAGGAAGGUCAUAGCCCAGAAGAACAUAAUUCAAAGUGGGAGGACUAAUGCUUACAAGAAACUAAGGCAAGUGAAUAAGAGCUUCUUAAGAACUGGCAACUGCGUUUGUGUGCCAAAGGGAAGACAUAAACCAGCAUCAGCAUGAGUAGAAAAGAAGAAGAAGAAGAUGAUAUAGUGUGCUUGGAUGAAUCUUUCUUCGUCAAUGACGACUACCAAAUUACUGAUUUUACAUUUGGGACUCAUGUUCUUCAGCUUUACUGCCUCCAAUCUGCUUCAACUGAUUUUGAUUUGACAGGACAGUUGGUGUGGCCUGGGGCAGUGCUCAUGAAUGAUUAUCUCACAAAGAAUGCUAACAUGCUCCAAGGAUGUUCUGUCAUUGAACUAGGCUCUGGUGUUGGUAUAACUGGAGUACUUUGCAGUAGAUUCUGUCGUGAAGUUGUGAUGACAGAUCAUAAUGAUGAAGUUCUGAAGAUUCUGAAGAAAAACAUAAAGCUGCAGGAAUCUUCUGAUGACUCUAUGUGUUGUACAGAAUUAAAAGCCGAGAAGCUGGAAUGGGGUGACUCAGAUCAGCUGAAUUGCAUAUUACAGGGGCAUCCAGAAGGAUUUGAUUUAGUUCUUGGAGCUGACAUUUAUAUCCAACAGGCAAAUGUCCCUUUGCUUUUUGAUACUGUUGAACAGCUACUUAGAGAUCGUGACCAGAGCAAAUGCAAAUUUAUUUUGGCCUAUGUUUCACGAGCAAAAGUCAUGGAUGCUAUGGUCAUCGAUGAAGCAAUUCGGCAUGGUCUGCGGGUAAAUGAAGUUUCUGGGACUCGGCGUAUCAUCAGGAAUCUCGAAGGAGUUAUAUUUGAGAUUACGACUAAUCACUAGAGUUGGCAAUUAAGAAUGGAGUUUCUUCAGCACCAUUUGAAUGGAAAACUAUACAGUUUUAAGGAGUUCAGAGAAACUAUUACUCGGUAAACAACACAAAAAGCUUCAAGUACCAUCAAACCUUGGGGUUCUGUGUAAUUUUUGACAUUCCAGGCAACAAAAAAGAUGUAUUAAGUCCUCAAAAGAAUCUUGUAAUGUGUAUCAUUUUUUCGAUAGCUGUUCUUUUGAUUAAGUUUCGAAAUAUGUUUUCGAUUAACAGUCACUUUUGGUAUUUUAAGCUUUUUUGAGUAAGUCACUUUUGGUAUUUUAAGCUUAAUUUUUCGAGUAAGAGUCACUUUUGGUAUUUAAACUUUUUGUUUGGGAUGGCCCUACACUAUGACUAGGUAAUGAUGUCUGUGUCCCCAAAAGAGUCUGGUUUUGAACUUAUGUCAUUCUCUAAUAUUUUUAAAGACUGAACUUUAUUCCA